AUGUACGAUUUCAAGUACAAUCAUGUGCUUCCUACCACCAGCGAAUUAGGGGUUGAAGUACCUGUCGACUGCGAUGCACAGAAGGAGGCUGACAAUAUCCUUUCACGCCUCUCAAAAUGCAUGGGCGAAGGAGACGCUCAAGGUUUCGCUGACAUGUUCUUGGACUAUGGCGUUUGGCGAGACAAGCUGUCCUACACCUGGGACUAUCGCACCUUCAAUUUCAAAUCUGCAAUCUUCAAAGCUGCAAGCGACCUGUUCCCACGUACACGAACCACCAACUUUCGAUUCCUUCGACCGGAUCCCAAAGUUUUGAGACCCUACCCUGACUUUGCUCAACUACAACUUAUUGCAUCCUUUGACACGGAGCUCGUCAAUGCCUCCGCCGUUAUCAACUGCGUUCUUACGAAAGAGGGCUGGAGGAUUUACACCAUGCACACAGUGGCGGAAAAGCUUACACAAUUCCCUGAAAUCCCACCGACAGAUGGACAUAUGACCGGAGCAGUCAGUUGGGAGACACAGAGGGCUAUGGAUAUUGAUUCUGCGAAUCCAGAGAUUCUGAUCAUUGGUGGUGGACAGAAUGGCCUUGCCCUGGCGGCUCGAUGCAAAGCAUUAGGAAUGAAUUGUCUUAUAAUUGAGAAGGACGAGGCAAUCGGUGACGUGUGGAAAAAGAGAUAUGAAUACCUGUCUCUGCAUUUCCCUCACUGGGCGGACGACCUCCCAUACUUCCCAUACCCAAAGCACUGGCCGACGUACACUCCCGCUCAGAAACAGGGACUCUACAUGGAGUGGUAUUCUUCAGCACUUGAGUUAAAUAUUUGGUGCAAGUCAACCGUUGCGAAAGCUGAGCAAGACGAAACUGGUGGUUGGACAGUAGUGGUCAACAAAGAGGGCAAGGAAACCCGAACAUUGCGACCUAAGCAUGUCGUAAUGGCCACUUCUCUCUGUGGUGCCCCUUCCACUCCAGUUAUUCCAGGUAUGGCCAGCUACAAGGGCGGUGUGAUACGUCAUUCUACCGCGCAUGACAGCUCUCGAGAGUUUGUCGGAAAGAAGGUCUGCGUAGUUGGUACCUCUUCUUCUGGCUUUGACACGGCCUUCGACUGCUCGCGCCGCGGCAUCGAUGUCACUCUGUUGCAGCGCUCUCCGACAUACAUCAUGUCCCUCACACAUUCGGUCCCCCGUGUCAUCGGCAACUAUAGUCCUGACACUGAUGGCAAUCGACCCAGCCUUGAAGAGCAAGACCGCCUCUUCUUUGCAACUCCUACUGGCCCUGGAGAAGAACUUUCUCGACGAAAUGCCAAAGUCCUUGAGGAUCUAGACAAGUCUUUGCUCGAAGGGCUCAACGCGCGUGGUCUACGUACAUGGCGAGGCCAACGCGGUACUGGCGGUGCGACACUGGGCCAAACUCGCAAUGGCGGAUUCUAUUUUGAUGCAGGCGCUUGCGAGCACAUCAUUAAUGGCAAAAUCAAAGUAGAGUCGGGAUACAUUGAGAAGUUUACAGAGGACAAGGCCAUUCUUAGCGGUGGCCGGGAACGACAAUUCGAUUUGAUUGUUUUCGCAACUGGGUUCUCGAAUGCAAUCGACUCAAUUCGCAGCACACUUGGUGAGCAGAUUGCAAGCCAAUGCGGACCUAUAUGGGGCAUUGAUGAGGAGGGUGAGUUCAAAACCGCUUAUCGAGAGACCGGAGUGUCGAAUCUAUGGGUUAUGGUCGGAUACCUGCCAUAUACCCGAUUUCACUCCAAGUUACUUGCAAUGCGCCUAAAGGCCCUACAAGAGGGAAUUUCUCCGGAACCCUACAAAAGAUAG